CGAAUUGAAAUUUCGAAAGUAGGGUGGAGGUUGGUUCUUGUUCAAUCUUGGAAAGAAGAAGAUGAAGAACGGUAAUGGUAAUACCAAGUUGAUUCUUCUCCAUCCUUACAUUCAGAAACAGGGGAGCUCCAAUCGGUUAUGGCUUCUUGCUUUUAUUUCCGUCUUCACCAUUGCUUUUCUCCUCACUCUUAUAUACACUAGGGAGUCGUUCUCGGCUAAAACGACGGUGGCAACAGCCACCGUCACUGGCCCUGUUUCGUCUGGCUCCAACUUCGGGAAUGUGCAACUGUCGACGACUGUCAUCAACACGCUUCUCCACUACGCAUCGAGAUCGAAUGACAGUUUUAGCAUGAACUACGCCGAGAUGAAACCGAUUUCGGAUGUUCUGCGGAAAUGUUCUUCCCCUUGCAAUUUCCUUGUUUUUGGGCUGACGGCAGAGACCCUUCUCUGGAAAGCUCUCAACCACAACGGCCGCACGGUGUUCAUCGACGAGAAUCGCUACUAUGCAGCGUAUUUCGAGGAGUUGCAUCCAGAAAUCGACGCGUACGACGUGCAGUACACGACAAAGAUAAGGGAAACGAGGGAGCUCGUUGCCGCCGCCAAGAAACAAAUCCGCAACGAAUGUCGCCCGGUGCAGAACCUCCUCUUCUCUGAAUGCAAACUGGGAAUCAACGAUUUGCCCAACCACGUCUACGAAGUCGACUGGGAUGUAAUACUCAUCGACGGACCGCGCGGUGACGGUCCCGAAUUCCCUGGCCGGAUGUCCCCCAUCUUCACGGCGGGAGUGCUGGCUCGGAGCAAGAAGGGCGGGAACCCGAAGACCCACAUCUUCGUUCACGAUUAUUACAGGGAUGUGGAGAUGAUUUGCGGGGAUGAGUUCUUGUGCAGAGAGAACUUGGUGGAACACUACGAGACACUUGCCCAUUUCGUAGUGGAAAAAAUGGAGGAGAACAGCUUCCAGUACUGCCGGAACAAGACAUCAUCGUCUUCUUCAUCAUAAAACUUCAUCUUUUUAGAAAAAAAUUCUAUCUUCCACACAUCAAGAACACAGUAAGGAGGGAUCGAAUGGUAUGAAAUUGGGUAUUUAUGAUGAUAAUCUGACCUUUUUUGCUUGGUGGGGUGUGUAAAAAAUAAUUUCGUUCUUCCUUUUUGGCAAUGCAAAAUGUAAUUUCCAUGGAAUCAAAAGUUUCAUUCUUGGUUCUUCUUCCCUGGAUUUUUCUUCCCUUUCUGAUUAAUGGAUUAUUUUAAGUUACAAAAAUAUCCCCAUGUUUUUCAAGUUCAUCAGUGAGGUCCAUCACAAGCACAGGAAUGUAAGCCUUCUUGUUCUUUAUAGUUAAGUGGUUAAUCAAGAUGAUGAUAUUAG